CACCUGUUCUGUCAGUCAUUUCUCGUUGUGUAGGUGUGUUUCUAAGAACAGAGCAGCAGCCAAAGGGACUGAGAGCGGAGUGAAGUUCACCGCCGCUAUGGACUGACCUGAGAACAGCUCUUCAUCUGCUCUUUUCGACUCACAGGUGGAAACUUUUUGUCGACAUCUUCGGUGAGUUACGAAUGUUUGUUUCUGCUUAACUCAAGAGAAGUUUCAAGCUCUGAGGGGAAAGUAAACAGCUGUUUAUUGUCCAACACAUGUGAGGCUCUCUCUGGAAAUCAGUGUUGUGCAGUCUGAGAGUAACUUAGGACCACAUGAAAUAGCCAUUACAACAGACGUGGUUUCAGUUUAUCCUGUAGGCCUGUACUUUACAAGUAGAGUUGACCCUAUUUGCACAGGUAGUCAGCUAUCAGCACAUUAGGUCAAAGGGAGUCAAAUCAGAGAGACAGUUGGAAAAAAAAUCCAGACACUCCCAUGUGUUUCCACAUAUCAUCAUCAUUAGUAAUCACUUGACAUGCUUGUAUAAUCCCAUAGUUAUUGACCUUAAUGGCUCAUUUAUUAUGUGUGUUUCAUUGCUGAGUAUCUGGAGUCUCAGAGAUGAAGUACAAAUAUUUGCACAUAUAUGUCAAUAGCAGUCAUUUUAGUGGGACAACAAGCCAGAGCUAAACAUUAAUGAAUUUUUUUUUCUCUGUUCACUCCAGCAGGUUUUGGUUGCUCAACCUGAUGUUCAGAUGAACUUUUGUUUACUCUUUAAUGAUUAAACCAGUUUUCUGCUGCCCUUGAACACAUUCCUCACAUUUUAGACCCCCCCUUUCUUUUUUUUUUACCGACAAUUUGUUAUCAUAGAGUGUAAAUUAUGAUGUCUCUGUCAACUUUGCAGCUGUUCUUCAGUAAAGGUGUUAAAGACAUGCAGUUGAUCCACCUCCUUUCAAAGUUUAAGACAGUUUUAUCUCCUGACGCCCAGGAACAUCAGAGCGCCGGGCUGAAUUUAAGAGUCGUCUCAAAGACUUCAUGGAAGCAAGCAAAGUGACAUUCCUGUCACUAUUAAAUCCUGACUCAGCUGUGGGUGUAGUGAGCCUCCCUACAGCUGCAUUACAGGUUUGCUCUCUUGUUAAGGUUGAAGAGGUGUUGGCUGCUCUAGUUUGGACAGUUGUCUCCCUUUCUGCUAAUGGAAAGGUUAAUGGGAGGAACAGUAAUUAGCAGCUAAUAAAGCUUUCACUAAGAAGCAGUUUCAGACAGCUUUUGUUGUCAGAACACAUGUUAAUGUGGGUGCCGUUGGUGGUUACGGUUCGUCCUUUAAAUGUCGUCAUGUAAACAAGACCGAAAUGUCACUGAUGUUUGUGUUUUUCAUUGAGCUCAAGGCACUUUUAUAACCACAGAUCUUUUUGAAAAGUUUAUUUUUUCCCUUUAAUUUUAAUCUCCAAACUUUUUCUUAUUAAAAUCAGCUAAAUCAGGGACAAUCAAAAUAGCUUCAAAGUAGUCUGUAGCUCACUGUGAGUUUAAGUCUUUUCUUUAAAGGAGUUUUAAUCUCAUCAUAUAUGAUGUUCUUGACAGUGGUAGAUUAUAAUUUAAAAUGGAGAAGUUGCAUGUAGAGGUCCUGAUCAUCCAUACGUUCAUAAGACUGUUCUCCAGCUUAUGAUUAGCUAUGAGUCUUAUUUAUUAACUAUUAAUCUUUAUUGAUACAGCACCAAUUUACAACUUAAGUUAUCCCAGGACACUAUACGAUAAGGUCAUAGUAUAGGAUAAGAUUAAGCACCAUCCUGUAAGAUCAAACCCUCUCUUAUCCCACUUUUAUCUACUCUGAGUGUAAGACUUUGCAGCGUUUAGCAUGUUACAGCAGCAGGAAAAAUUCCCUUUCAACAGGCAGAAACCCUGAGCAGAACCAGACUCAUGUAAGACAGUCAUCUGCCACCCUUAAAGCUAAAGAUAGCUCAAAUUUAUUUUCAUUCUCCGUUAUUAUUUUGUGAUCGUGAGAAAACGAAACUGAACCUGGGGUAUUUUCCCUUUCUUUCUCUGGCUUUUUCUCAAGAUGAAUAAGCUCUUAUCUUGAGAAAACAAACUGAUAAACUGACGAUCUUAAGAUAAGGCAUGAAAAAGAUCUUUCAAAGCUCGCCAAAUUUUCCUUUUAUUGAAGAAUAAUAUUGUUUUUCUUUUCCAGAAAUGGGUGUGGGUAGAUGCCAAUAAAGAGGCUCAAAAGUUUGGAAACCUCUCGGAUUUUAGUGCAGAUCACACAUGAAAUUGAGACAAGUGCAUCAUGAUUAACUCAUGUAUGUUUAAGUCAUAUAUUUAAAUCAGUUUUUGAGGUUGAAUCGUGGAGUUAUUUCUCUUUAACGGUAAAGCCGCAGUAUAACAAUCAGUGACCACAUUUUCACCAAUGUCAUCCACUGAAAAAAUAGCAGGAUUAAAACUCUUGGUGUAUGAAAAUUACACCGCUGUAAUGACACUUUGUGGACCCAAAAUAUGACCAAGAUUGAUUCAGUUUUCAAUUUGCAUGAACUCACUGCCCUUAAAGUUUUUUUAAGCCAUCCAGAAACUCAUUACUAUCUUGAAGGUUUAUUAUGAAACAGACUGAAAUUAAUGUCAGUGUCAUUUAUGAGCUUCAGAUGCAAAUGAGACCACCAGUGACAAGACUGAUUGUUUCUACAAGUCUUUAUUAAAGUCUGGAACCACAGGGCAUGGGGCUGUGUCAGAUUAAGUAAUUAAUCAUACUGCAGAAACACCCCUUUUACUACAUUUUCCUCAGCCGAAGUCUCAAUCAGUGUUACAUUUUACAGAUAAAGACAGAAGAAGGAAAUUUCUUUUAUCAAAUGUUUAUUAAGGACAAGAUUUGCAACAAGAUAAGAAGCUGAUUCACAGAGGGAAGUUCCCUCACAGACAGAUUUAAGUAGUUCAAACCGCUCCCUAAUGUUUAUCCUGCCUUCACGAAAUGUUUGUGUGGCUAAUUAUAAGAAACAUCACAAAACUUUUUGAAUCACGCCUAGUUUACACUUGAACUUCCUUGUUGUUGUGGAGUGAUUUAUUUGAAGUGUCUUUGUCGUCCUCAGAGGAACUUCAUACCCCACUAAUGAUAACCUCCACGCAGAAUAAUGUUUAAAGACUUCGUGCCAUUUGACGGCUCUUUCACAGACAGACUGUGACGCUGUCAUAAAGGGGAACUAAAAUGCGGAUGCUUGUGUUUAUACACAGCUUUACAUGAACACCCCUGAGCGUUACAGCACAUAUCUAGCCAUAAAACGAUGUAGAAAGCUGUUUUCUUGAAUGUUGUACUUUUGUGACCUAUUUAGAUGAAAGCUAUCACUGAAUUUGACUCCAGAUGAUCAAAUAUCAUUCUUUCAUGCCUCAACUGUUCCCCUCUGUGGGUGGUAUUUGCUAUCACCAGUGUCCAAAAGAAGUAAGGAGUUAAACACUUUAAGAAGCCUUUUGUCUCUUUCCCUUUUAGUCUUGAAUGAAUUAAAGUAGUAUUUAUCUCCUGAUCUGUGCUCUAUUAACGAGGGCUCUGAAAAUAAUCCUUUGAGUUUUUGUCUGACAUGUUUUCCUCAUGCCUGAUCUGCCAAGACUAAUAUAGACAGGCUAAUUGGCAGGAAACACGAGAAAGCUGUGUAGCUGCAACACAACACGGCAUGUGAACUCUCUUUACUAAGAUUGCGCAUGCCGGGGAGUUCGUCAUGCGUACUCACAAACAAAGAUGUGCAUUUUUCUCAAACUUUCGAGAGAAAAAAAAACAAUUCUUAGACUUCUGAUGUGUGACUCCCGGAUGUCUGUACAACUUAACCUGAAGGCUAGGCUGCAAAAUAACAUCCUCCUGUUCACUCACGUAGAAGAAGCUAAGAGGAAGGGCUUUCUCAAGUUUAGGUCAAUUCUACUUUUACUUAGAUUGUACAAUUAAUGCUACAACUUACAGAAAAAUCUAAAACUUUUGCUGUACAACACCAAUAAAAGCCUCAUUUUAAUGACCUGAAAUCUUGGGUGUUGGUGUUUCGCUUGAAAUGAGCUGAAAUGAUAAAUUAUGCAAUGCAGUAGUUGUCAAGUUUUAGUUUCAGCUUUACAAUGAGCAGAUUAUAGAGUUACGCAACUAUAGUUAAGCCACAGUCAUCAUGCCACCUCCAUAUACAGUAGAGCCAGCACACGGUUUUAACAGUGACACCAGCAGAAAACGAUCAGAGAGAACCGCAGUACAGCUGUAUGUAUCUAUAGUAAACAAACAGGAGCUAAGAUCAGCCUUCAGAGCUUCUGGUCAAACCAGAUGAAAUAUGCUGAAGCUGAAAAAGACAAACAAAAGCCACAUUGAACACUGUGAAGGUGGCUUUCACUCUAUUUGCCUAAUCCCUUUCAGCUGAAGUUACAGUUGACAAACAGAGAUCCUCAAAAGGGGAACAAUGUCUCUUUGUGGAAACAGAAAGAGGGAAUUUGCUCGGCUGAUAUCAUUUUCACCAACUGCUUGGGAUUUUCCUUUUUUUUUCCAUCACUUUAAAUGGUCAAAAUCAACUCAAUGAACAGAGAACACCUAUUUUAAUAUAAAUCAGGGCAUUUGAUUGUUUUUACAUACCAAAGGCAACUUAUUUGAAAGGGGUUCAAUCAAACUAAACCACGUCUGGAAUAAAGACUUUAAGUUGCACCAUUAUCAUAAUCUAUGACAGAGACAGACUUUUUUAAAAGGAGAGCUGUUACAUAAUGAGGAUCAUUUAGCCCUCAGCUGUGAUUUAGUGCAUUUAUAUAUGACAGUAAUUGAAAGAUUUGACAUUUAAAAUUUACUGCCGUAAUGAUGACUAACAAAUUCUGUGUGCUAUUUUAAGCCUUAAGUUAACGCUUGCUUCUUAAGUGAUAACUUUAUCUAUUUGAUAAAGUUUAUUGAGGGGUAUAAACGGUUUUAUUAACAAGCAUUCACUUUGAACUAGCUGUGGUCUGUUUGUUCUGUGAUGACGUUUUCAUCCGUCUUUCCUUCAGAUCCUUUAAAAGUCUGAUUCCUGGUGAAACCUGCACAGAUAAAAGAGGACGGUGAAGCCGCCGUCCUGUCUUCGUCCUCUUCCGUGUGCAAUGCCGAAGAGUGACACGUGGCCAGGCGGUGUUGCCUUGGAAUCCUUGAGCAAUAUGGACAGUGCCGGGAGCUGUGACAGUGUUAUCAGCAUGAACUCGGGCUGUGUGAGUGCUGCUGUACAUUAUCUUCAUCCCUGUCCUACUGACUGCCGCUUAUCUGUCUGUUGCGUAACACAACAGAUCGGCGCGCUUUGCAUGUAGACUUACUGUCCUCUCUGAACAAACCAGCUCUUGACAAAGAAAGGGGAAUUAAAGAAGUGAGAUCUGUGCAUCAGGUGGUAAAGACUUCAACGUGGACGUUUACCACCAACAAUAAAAGGUCAUGGGAGAUUUUAUGAGAGGAAGUGAAUGUUUGAGGUUGUACAGACAGUUCUCUUUAAAGAUGACCAGAGGGGAAAAGAUUUCAGACUGUUAACAAACACCUGCAGCUACCUGAAAUAAAUACUUCUGACAGGCCGACACAGAGUGAAAAACAGACCAGGAAUUGUGUAAUUAUUCAUUUCUUUUCACUGCUUGAACACAAAUCAACUUUAAUCAACUUUUACUGCCUCUUUCUCAUAGUUGUGUGUAAGGUUUAAUGGAAAGAUUGCUUAUCAAAUCUAAAUGUGUCUUAUCAUGUCGGUUGCAGAGUGAAGACAGUAUGGAGCACUUGUCACCAGAGGAGAGAGCGUGUCUUAUGUAUCUUGAAGAAACUAUCGAAGCAUUGGAGGUGCAGGAGGACAGCGGAAUAUCCAAUGAUGAACCAGAUUCUGGAUUCCAAGUGGGACAGAUGGGAGGAAACGGUAUAAUCAUGUUUUUAAAAUACCCUGUUGUGCAUCAUUUUGUUUACUUGCAUGUGUGUUUAUGUAUGAUACAUAGCAUACGGCAAGCGCUAGAGUUAACUUAACUUUGAUCCACAUGUCUGACUGUCGUAUUUCAAAUUAAAGGCAGCUAAUCGGCAUAAUGCAGUUAGCAUCACGCUGGUUAGCUGUACCCGUGUGCUUAGUUUGUUGAUGUUAGCUUCAGCAGGUACUUGAGUGAUACUUUAUAGUCACUGUUAUGUUAAUUUGACUUUUCAACUAAGUCAUCUGGUAGUUUUUUAUGAAGGAAAAUGUCAUUGAUUCUAUUAUAGAAGCAGGAAGACACUGCUUCACUUUAACUACGGUGUGCCAAAAAGGAACAAAAUAGGAAGCUGAUUUUAAAAAUGAUGCACUAAUUUCAGACCUUAAUCACAUUGUGUUAACAUUGACAACCCCAUUAGUUAACUGUUUUAAUUAGUGAAUAAUUAACAAACCCAAUAAAAUGCAUCAAAAGCUCAGAUAGUUGAAUCUAUGUACAAAUUUACAAAUACUAAGUCUAGAUUUUUUUUCUUUUGUAGACAUUCCCAGUUUCAGGACUGAUGAGAUACCUGGAGAUCAAAAAUCAGACCAAGCUUUGGAUCAAGCUUUGAAUGGACCCCCACAACCACAGUCCUCUUCUAGUUCUGAAGCUAACAGGACAGAUCUGGAAACACCUGAGAGCCUCAGCACUCAUCAUGGACCUUCAGCCGCUGACAAAGUCCACCCACCAUCUCAUACCUCAGAGUUGGGUGUACCCAAGGAUGAAGAUGGUAAUCUCAUGAUUGUCCCAAGUUCCAUCCUUCCCCCGGUUGAGUCCACAAAGGCCCCAGAGGUAGAUCUUGUUCUUAUCCCUCCCCCGUCAGACUUCAUGGAUAAGCCACGGCCUCCUCAUCGGCCCCUCACAGCAAAAGACCUUCUAUCACCUCCAGUAACAUCCAACACCAAGCCAGGAGCACCUGUUGACUUGGAGCAGCUUCGUAUCAGAGCCUCUAUUAAAAGGGCUUCAAUGUGCCUCCCUGAGCCCUCAAACCAGCCCCAAGAACUGAGUCCAUCAGCUGUCAGCUCCAGUCCCCCACUGAGUCCUCCUUUUCCUUUUCCAGAAGGCGCUGAGCCCAAAAGUCCUCCUGCAGUGGCCCCUAAACCAAAGAGGCUUCCUGCCAACAUCAUCCUGAAGUCACACAAAACAGCAGUGGCUGAUGGGAACUCAGGGCAUCCUGUGCCAGCAAGUGCCCCGCUGUUGGACCCUCAGAGGGUUCGCAUGGAAGCUCUCAGAAAGCUUGGCCUGCUAAAAAGCGAUGAUGCAGAUCCAAGUCCAAUCCUGAGCCCUAGGCACUCUCCCCAAAACAGGAGGUCAUGGGCGGCUCCUUCUUCUCCGAUCAGCCCGCAGACACCUCCCUUAACACCAGCUUAUCCCCGAGUCCACAGCCCCUCUCCUGCUACUGUCCACCUCCAGUCUCCUGCGUGUGAUUCACCACCAGGGACUCUUUCUGCUCCUGUAGUCCUGCCUCCUGAAAUCAUCCCAGCACCAGAUGCUUUCAGUGACCCCGAUGGAUCUUUGCAUUCAGAUGAUGGACUUCCCUCUGGCAUGGAUGUCAUAGGUGCCACUCCUCCUCGCACCCCUCCAGUCCUGGUCAAACAUCUAACCCCACCCAAAGUCCUUGGAAUCAAGUCAGCCACGCUGGAGCGUUCAGGCCCGGGUCUGAGCAGCUAUAUGGCAAGUCAAGACUACAGUGAAGCCGCUGGUAGGGGUACACCAAGCCCCAACCAGCUACGUAACAAUCGCCCACGCCCCGCCUCUCUGGGGAGCAGAAAAGAGUUCUCAAGUGCUCAAGGAGAGGACCAGAAGGUCGGCGGUGCCACGGGCAAAGGGCCUGACGUACGGAGGUCCCUGCCGCCCCCUCAGCCCUCCCAUAACUCUCAGAAGCUUCCUCGAUCAGAGGGCAUCAGCGUGCUGAUCUGCCCGCGAUCUCAGAAUGAAGAAGAUCGUCGUGAGGCCCUGAAGAGGCUCGGGUUACUCAGGGACUGAGGCACCAACGAUAAACCUGACCCCAAAUCUGACUUUGACAGACUCCCUGUACAAACUGUAAAUAAAGGAACAUACUAACGUUUAUGAAGACUUAAGAAAACUUAACGGGGAAGCAGUUUCACCAGACAUUUAUGCAUCGCCAUUUCUACUGUUCAAGCUUUAAUAUCCAGAGACUGCCUGACUUAAACUGGUAUUUCAUUUAUUUGUUACCCUUAUCAUACUUAAAACGUCAAGUGUUUUAUUUCCAAUAAAACUGACAAUCAUAAGGUGUUUGCUGACUCACUCGAUGAAGCCAUUUUUUUUUUCUUUUUUGUAAAUUAAACAUUAUAAUGGUUAAAAGUCAAGGGUCACUCCCUGCUUUCACAAGUCUUUUGUUAAAUCAGCAACAUGGGUAAAAGAUUCUCGUCUCGGUUCUCGUAUCUUCAAUACUUGUAUGUGACGAGUCUUUUGUUCUGAGCAAACACUGGCUGAUUGUUAUGGGUUUGUGUACUUGACACAGACUGUGUCGGACCUCUUUCAUAAUAAUUACAGGUGUUUAUUUUUAAAUGAACAGAGAUGAAGAAAGUAUGCCCUGCUUUGUUAGAGCAUACCUUGCUAGGAGUCAGAUCACACAGUCAGUGGCCACUAGGUGAGAAGAAUUUGAAUAAUGUAGUUUGCAUGGUUGCAUUGUGACGCACACUUAAGAACUCACAAGCUUGUCACAUAGUGCUGCAUGGAGUUUUAAUUCGGGUCGAUCAGUUUUACAUCAAAAGAUUCACAUAUUAAAAUUUCUGAUUUAUAGUCUCCUUUUCCUGUUGUUUUCCUUUUCCUUCAGUUCCCUUUUCUGCUUUCAAAUGGCAUAAUUUCCUCUCCUCUUUUUGCUUGAAGCCUCCAUGUGUCGCGUCAAAUCCUAAAUUAAAAGCCCCACUUGCUUUUUGGCUCAGCUUCAGCACCUUUUAUCUGAUGUGAUGCUGAGAGAACCGGGACAACCAGUUUUCUCACCUCCUGGUUUACCCUUUAUGCAACAACACCUUGGCUGUGCCGUACGAACAGUCUGUGUGUCUGAAAAACAUUUUAUCUCUGCUGCAGGCUUUUAGAGACAAAUAGUUUUGCUCUCUCCUGUAAUUUGCAGAUAAGGUCACCCCCUGCUGUGAAAAUUUAGCUCAAUUUGAACGAUAUUUCUUUGAACAGAUGUUAAUACCAGGCUGCUGCACUGCAGGGUUUGCAGAGAGCGUGGCAAUUUUGUUAUAAGUUACAGAUUUUCCCAUUUUUGGACUUGAAUAAAACUUUCCAGCUAAUUUUUGAAGCCUCCCACAUCUAAAAUGUUAAAUUAGUUUGAUAAUUGUGCAGCUUUUACGAUGACAUAUUCUUGUGGAUGUGCAUUCCCCAAAUGAUUGGAUUUCUUUAUUAGUUCUAAUGUCUUUUCUUUCUCCAUGUGAACUUUCUUUUGGCAUGCAUUGCGAUACACUGUGUUACUUGCAUAUUCUAUAAACAGAAUUUGCACAUGUGUUAUAUUUAAACAGAACAGGAAGUAAAUCACCGAUCAUAUCUGGAGAAAAAAGGAGCAAAGUGAAAAGAUAUGACUUUUGUUUUGAAUAUUUGUUUUCAAAGAUAGAGCAGGAAGACACUCUUUUCAACAAAUAACCCAACACUAUUUAUAGCAUGUUUAAGAGACGAAAAAGGAAAUUAUUAUUUUAUUAGGUUAACUUGCAGCUAACACCCUUUUUUACUGUAAAGCCAAGAGAGGAGGAAGUAGUUACGUGCUGUCAAACCAACACAGGCUGUUUUGUGCUCCUCUGUGGCAUGUUGGUAUGUGGGCUAUCUCUCCUCUCCACCUGUGUGAUGUGCUGUUCUGCUGCCAGCAGACCUGAAUGACAACCUUGGCCUGUGUGACAGUUCUGUCACUUUCACUGUUAGCCUCGUAGGCACCAUAGAUCAGCUGCUGUGAAUAAGAGCCAUAUUAGUCUGCAUACUCGAACUGCACGAUACGGGGAAAAAAAAAGUUUGUCUUCUCUCUAUCUAUUAUUAUAUAAAACAAUUCAGGUGGUUAAACUAUGUGCAUUUGUCUGUUUUAUGUACAUUUAUGUACAUGUAAAGUAAUUGGGGAUUAAUAAAAGUCUUAUGUUUAUGAUAAUAGGUACAGCCUUUUACCAACAAAUCUGAUACUGGGUCUGUAGGUUCAGUUAUGUCAUUAAGAAAUAUGGCUAAUAAACAAAUACUGUACCAAAGGGCGCAUAUUAGCUAAAAUAACUCACACUUUCUAUUUACCUACUGUACUUCCAGUGUUUGCAACCUAUCCCUCCUGAAUCUGAGAGGCAGCACCAGUCAUGUUGUUUUAAUACAUGAGUGUUUUAAUACUGCUUCACCCUCCUCUUGAUUUAAUGUGUUCUCAUAAGGAGAUGUUUAAAAAGCUUGACCUCAAUAAAAAAGGACAGAGUAAACA